AUGUGCUCGGUGCUCCGAUGUGCACACGACGGAAGUUCUCUUGGUAAUGAGUGUCCGUACUACUCAAGGUUAUAUAUAUAUUUUGGUCGUCAGUGAUCAGGUACAGUUGACAACUAUUUUUUCAAACUUCUAAAAUUUUAUUUUUGUGUAUACGUCGUAAUUGAUAAUGAUCUCUAAGCCGCUCGAGAUUAAUCUAAUGUUGAUAACUUUUUUCUCAAACACCUUUUUCAAAACACGGCGAAAAUAUAAUUGAUAAUGAAUCUGCGUAUCUCUCAAGGUUAAUCUAAUGUUUUUCGGUCGUCAGUAAUCCGGAACAGUUGAUAACUUUUUUUAGUAUUUUGUAAAACAGUUUUUCUACUAUACCAAUCAAUAAUUUAAUAGUUUUUACAUUUCUAUCGCAAAGUUACACUUUCGUGAAUAGGUUACAAUGUUAAAUGUAAUAAUUUAUUAAUUUUCUAUCUGCUAAAACUAAAUUCACAUUUUUAGGGUAUUAAUUUUUAAGUUAUAACUGCAUCGAUUUAUAUUGAAUAGAAAUUUAUGUAGAGAGAAGUUAUGUAGUCAAAAUUUAUAUUAAGCAGUGAUUGUCGCUUUAGAAUAUCACGCAACAUAAAAAUUUUCCCUCGUUUAUUCUUUCAAAGAACAAGAAAUAUAUAUAUUAUGUAAUUGUCUUUUCCGUUCGAAAUAAUUCCAAGCAAAAUAAUUCUGAACGAAAUAAUUUAAUUAUUAUAAAUGAAUUAGUCAAACUACGAAAUAAUGUUUGGGAAUUCAAUCACUGAUUCAAUUGUUACAAGUAAAUAAUUAAAAUUGUUAAAUAAUACACAAAAAUAUCAUCGAAAUGCAUUAUUUUACAGUUUGAACAAUUCAUUUAAAACAAUUGAAUUAUUUUAUUUCUACAAUGUUUCUAGACAUUAUUUAAUAAUUUUCACGAGCUCAUAUUACAAUUAAAUAAUUAAAUUAAUUAUUUCAUUCAAUAAUUCAAAGUCAUUUCUCUUAAGUAUUUAUUGUUCAAGAUUGUUAUAAAUUAACUGUUAAAAAUUUUAAAUAACACUUAGAAACAUUACGGAAGGGAAUUUAUUGUUUAACUGUUACAAAUAAAUUAUUAGAAAUAUUAGAUAAUGUUACAAUUAGAAUAUUCAGAAAUAACAUUUAAAAAUUCACUUCGAAUGUUAAAUCGAUGUGCACACGAUGAAAUUUCAACUUAUAAUGACCUCUUUCGCUGUUCAAUCUUCAGGUAAAGUCAGUGAUGCACAACAGGUAGUAGGCUUUGUCAAUACUUUCGAAAACACUUUUUCUAUGGCAGUAGUCAAUAACUUUACAAUUUUUAAGUUUCAUUUGGUUAAAAUUUUACAAUUUCUAUUUUUUUUGUUUUACAACCCCCAUUAAUUUAAGGCAACAAUAACGAUUGCUUUUAACUUAUAAUUCUGUUGUACAUGUACUAAAUGCUAACUUAUAGAUCUGUGACAUAUAAUACGAAUUUAUGUAGAUAGUAAAUUAUAUUACAGUCAAAAAUUAAGUUUUUAAAAUUGCCGUGCAAAUAAGAAAGCGUUCACGUUUGAGUCGAUAACUUUCGAUGUGUAGAUGUGACGUUAUUCCACAGGCUGAAAUAUCUACGAAAGACAUCAUUGCCCUUGAGAUUAUUACAUGCCGGAGAUUAUCAGCAUCGCCGAUUCGUGCUGCGUCAUUGGUCGCCUUUCAUUAUUUGCCGAACGACGCGACGGUUUCGACGCAACAGAAUCCCAAAAUCGAGGAUCCCGAAGACACAUCCGACCGAGAGAUCGUCGAGGUUGGCGGAGGUUUGCCAACUCUUCGCGAGAUCCUCAACACGAGAGAUCGAAGGAUCGUCAGCCCUAGGAGAGGGAGCUGUGGAUAUGAGAACAAUCUCGGUACCAUCGACGAGGACAGGAGGAAUGUUUUGCUGGACUCGUCGUUCCUGAAAGAGAGACGCACUCGAUCCUCCGCCAGUCCUGAACGAUUCAACUCGAGAGUGGUGUUGGGCAGAGCCCAACUUGACGAGAGUCUAACCGAGGACGUAGAAGUCGAAAGGAUGCCAGUCACGGAGGUUCGUAGAAAAGUGUCUGGAGUUGGAUCUUCCGGAGGGGCUGGCGCUAGUCAAAGAUUCCCUGGCGAUGGACAAAACGUGUCAGUCAGACCUAUUUAUCCGUAUUGUCCUUGUUCGCCGUACGGGAGCCCUCAGGGGAGUCCUGGAAACAGGAGGAAAGCCCCGAGAGAGAGCAGAAGAGUUUCCAUCGGCAGCAAGCAGGGAGCUCUUCAGCUGAAUCAGUAUAAACUGUUGGACAACAUUGGUCAGGGCUCAUACGGGAUCGUAAAGCUAGUUUACAACGAGGAGGACGAGACCUAUUACGCGAUGAAGAUUCUCAGUAAGAAGAAGCUGAUGAAGAAAGCAGGUGUCUUCGGUAGAAUGAUCCCGGGGAAAAAGGGAUCGGCUAACCCUUUGGCCAAGGUCUACAGAGAGAUUGCCUUGUUGAAGAAACUGGAUCAUCCGAACGUCGUGAAGCUAGUGGAAGUUCUCGACGAUCCAGACGAGGACAACCUUUACCUUGUCUUCGAAUUGAUCCAGAGGGGUGAGAUACUACAGGUGCCCACUGACAAACCACUCGACGAGGAAACUGCCAGGAAGAAUUUCCGCGACAUCGUGAUGGGCGUGGAAUAC